CACAGUCGAGAUCCGAGACCCUACGGUUAUUGUGAGUCGCUCCGUGAAGCGCAAUCCAGUGAUAAAAGAAUUGAAAGAAAAAAAAAACAAAAAAUUUAGUUCCAAAGAAUCUAUUCUUUCGAUACAAACGAAAGAACCAGUGAUACCGUUUGCACUCGAGAUACUUCAUUUGUCCUGAAUUAUUUUCGUCUCACUUUUCAUCUACGUGCCCGAGCUUCGUCACGAUGGGAGGACUAAAAUCUGUAUUGGGAGUCAGCGAGCUGACGGACCGUAAGGGUAAUCUUUACAGAUCCUUAUUCGCCGAGUUCUUCGGCACCCUGCUUUUGAACUUCUUCGGAUGUGGUGCCGUCGAAACGCGGGACAACGUGGCCAUUUGUCUAUCGUUCGGUCUCACCGUUGCGGUUGUUAUACAGAGUAUAGGGCAUAUAUCUGGAGGACACAUAAACCCAGCGGUCACCGUGGGACUCGCUGCAGUAGGAAAGGUCCCAAUUAUCAGAGCGAUCCUCUACGUGAUUGCACAAAGCGUCGGAGCGAUCGCUGGAUCAGCUAUUGUGAAGGCGUUGUCGCCAGGAACUAUGGCCGCAGGUACCGUUGGUCUUCAGGGAGAAGUUACGGUCGCCCAGGGUCUUGGAACUGAAUUUUUCUUGGGCCUGGUCCUCGUGCUCGUUGUAUGCGGCGCCUGCGAUGCGGCCAAACCCGACAGCAAAGGCAUCAUCCCCAUCAUCAUUGGAUUCGCCAUCACUGUCGGACACUUCGUCGCGAUCACAAGGACCGGUUCCGGUAUGAAUCCAGCUCGAGCUCUUGGAAGCGCUGCCAUUAUGGGAGAAUUGGAUAACCAUUGGUUGUACUGGGUGGGCCCAAUUCUUGGGGGUAUCGCCGGAGCCCUUAUUUACGAACACGCCAUCGGCCCGGCUGUGGAACCGGAACGACCAAGGCAGUACGGAUUCUCUGUCACCGAGGAGAAAGAGCGGUUCGAGUUCAUAGACAGCGGAAAAGGAGGACUUUGAGUCGAGCGGAAAAAUGAAAAGAGAACGAAUUGUGAAUACGAACCUUCUUUUGCAGCUGCAGCAGCUCACCAAGAAGGGUACGACUCCUGCUUGAUCUGGCCACUAACCGGUCUUUGUAACGCCGAAAUUAACUAGCAUGCUGCGCGAUCCAUAUACCACCAAUUGAGCAUAACCAACACACAAUUACGUAAUAUGUUAAAACGUCGCUUAUCAUUUUCUCUUCGUUCAUUUCUUUUAUCCGUGACUCCUUAGCUUCUAAGUCAUUUUAUUGAAGCGGAUAAAAAAUUAUGUAUUUUGAGUUAAAAUCCAAAGAUUGACUUCAUUUACAUCCUCAUUAUUGUCGAUAUAGUCAUUUAUAUUUCAUUUUUGUUGUCGCACCCUUAUUUCCAAAAUUAAGUCACCUUGUACUUCUCUUCUUAGAGUUCACGAAUUGGUCUCAUUUUAAAAUAAACUCGGACUUUAAGAAUAAAUGCUCGAUUUUGAACUGAAUAAGGUAUUUCUACUGUUUCAAAAGCGGUUCACUCAAGUGACUAACAAUACAAAAAAACCGCCCUGUAUUCUUCGCGUUUAAGAAAUCGAAGUAGGAUUUCAUUGUUUUCUGGUACGAAACUGAAACUGUACCCAAGCAUUUUUCAUAUCUUUCAUAUUUCAUAUUUUCAUAUAAUUCACAAUUCAACAUUCACCAGUAUUCUUCUAUUCAUUUAUCUCGUUACGAGGUAAUGUCGUUGCAUAGCCUUAAUUAUGUAGUACAUCAGUGUCGCGUAAUUUAAUUAUCCAAGUUGUACUCAUUAGCCUGUAUGUUAUGAUUAUGUUCUGUAAUAAAGAAAGAUAUUUUAUACUUAAAA